CGUCUUUUCCGGGCUCGCGCCGCGCCGCGCCUUGUCCCGCCUCCACCGGCCGUCCGGGUGCGCGCGCGCCGCUGCGGCUUUUUCUCCGGCCUCCGUGGCGCGCCCCUCCUCGCCCCAGCGCUAGCGGGCACGCGGUUCUAACGUGUACUUCCCGGGUGCCAGGCGCCGGCCGGCUUGAAGACGCCGUGUGGACCGCGUCUCUGACUGAAAUCAAAGAAGAUACAAGUGUUCUUCUUGAGAGAAAAAGGAAAUCUACAAAUGCUGGUCAGUGAAGAGUUUUUACUUGUCCACUGUGAAGGGAGAAGAGAAACGCUAUGGCAAAGAGAAUAAAAGCUAAGCCCACUUCAGACAAACCUGGAAGUCCAUAUCGCUCUGUCACGCACUUCGACUCGCUAGCUGUCAUAGACAUCCCUGGAGCAGACACUCUGGAUAAGUUAUUUGAUCAUGCUGUGUCCAAGUUUGGGAAGAAGGACAGCCUUGGGACCAGAGAGAUCCUAAGUGAAGAAAAUGAAAUGCAGCCAAAUGGAAAGGUUUUUAAGAAGUUAAUUCUUGGGAAUUAUAAGUGGAUGAGCUAUCUCGAAGUGAACCGCAGAGUGAAUAAUUUUGGUAGUGGACUCACUGCAUUGGGACUAAAACCAAAGAACACUAUUGCCAUUUUCUGUGAGACCAGGGCCGAAUGGAUGAUUGCGGCACAGACCUGCUUUAAGUACAACUUCCCUCUUGUGACUUUAUAUGCCACACUUGGCAAAGAAGCUGUAGUUCAUGGGUUAAAUGAAUCUGAGGCUACCUAUCUGAUUACUAGUGUGGAACUUCUGGAAAGUAAACUUAAGACUGCAUUGUUAGAUAUCAAUUGUGUUAGACAUAUCAUUUAUGUGGACAAUAAGACUAUCAAUAAAGCAGAAUACCCUGAAGGAUUUGAGAUUCACAGCAUGCAAUCAGUAGAAGAGUUGGGAUCCAAGCCAGAAAACUCGAGCCUUCCUCCGAACAGACCUACUCCUUCUGACAUGGCUAUUGUCAUGUAUACCAGUGGUUCCACUGGCCGGCCCAAGGGAGUGAUGAUGCACCAUAGCAAUUUGAUAGCUGGAAUGACAGGCCAGUGUGAGAGGAUUCCCGGGCUGGGACCAAAGGACACGUACAUUGGCUACUUACCUUUGGCUCAUGUGCUAGAACUGACAGCAGAGAUAUCCUGCUUUACCUAUGGCUGUAGGAUUGGAUAUUCUUCUCCACUUACACUCUCUGAUCAGUCCAGCAAAAUUAAAAAGGGAAGCAAAGGAGACUGUACUGUGCUGAAGCCAACACUCAUGGCGGCUGUUCCGGAAAUCAUGGAUAGAAUUUAUAAGAAUGUUAUGAGCAAAGUCCAAGAGAUGAAUUAUAUCCAGAAAACACUGUUCAAGAUAGGGUAUGAUUACAAGUUGGAACAGAUCAAAAAGGGAUACGAUGCACCACUUUGCAAUCUGUUACUGUUUAAAAAGGUGAAGGCUUUGCUGGGAGGGAAUGUCCGCAUGAUGCUGUCUGGUGGAGCUCCGCUGUCUCCUCAGACACACCGAUUCAUGAAUGUCUGCUUCUGCUGCCCCGUGGGUCAGGGUUAUGGACUGACAGAAUCAUGUGGUGCUGGGACAGUUACUGAAGUUACAGACUAUACUACUGGCAGAGUUGGAGCCCCUCUUAUUUGCUGUGAAAUUAAGCUAAAAGACUGGCAGGAAGGUGGUUACACAAUUCAUGACAAGCCAAACCCCAGAGGGGAAAUCGUAAUUGGUGGACAGAAUAUCUCCAUGGGGUAUUUUAAAAAUGAAGAGAAAACGGCAGAGGAUUACUCUGUGGAUGAAAAUGGCCAAAGGUGGUUUUGCACUGGUGAUAUUGGAGAAUUUCAUCCUGAUGGAUGUUUACAGAUUAUAGGCAUCCCUCACUGUCUUCCUCCCUAUCCAAGAGGCAGUGUGGACACAUUACGUUCCCUAGUGGCUAUCUAUAUGACUCCAGAUCGUAAGAAAGAUCUGGUGAAGUUACAAGCAGGAGAAUAUGUAUCCCUUGGGAAGGUAGAAGCCGCCUUGAAGAACUGUCCACUUAUAGACAACAUCUGUGCUUUUGCCAAAAGUGAUCAGUCCUACGUGAUUAGCUUUGUGGUUCCUAAUCAGAAAAGGUUGACACUUUUGGCACAACAGAAAGGAGUGGAAGGAACUUGGGUCGAUAUCUGCAAUAAUCCUGCCAUGGAAGCUGAAAUAUUGAAAGAAAUUAGAGAAGCUGCCAAUGCCAUGAACCUGGAGCGAUUUGAAAUUCCAAUCAAGGUCCGCUUGAGUCCAGAGCCAUGGACCCCUGAAACUGGUUUGGUCACAGAUGCUUUCAAACUGAAGAGAAAGGAACUGAAGAACCAUUACCUCAAAGACAUUGAGCGAAUGUAUGGGGGCAAAUAAAAUGCUGCUCUGCCUUUUACAGGUGUGCAGGAGGUGGUCUGGUGGUUUCAGUUCUAGAGUUUUGAGCCUUGUUGAGCUGUCUGUUAGAAUGUAAGGAGCAUAUCAUUCUAAACACAUGGUAAUAAAAAAAAGAAACCCAAAGUGAUUAAAAUAGUCAUU